AUGGUUCAUUCAGGUUUUAAAGAUAUUGGAGAAUAUAACUAUAUUAUUGAUGCCAUUAAUGAAAAACACAUUGCUUUUAAUAAGAAAGAUGUUGAAAAGGAAAGACAUGUUGCUGUUACUUUUGAAACUGGUGUCGCUGCUGCUAAGGAAGUUCAGAAAGUUGCUGUUGAGGUUGAAGAAGAAUAUUUUAUGAUUGUGAUUUAG